AUGCCCACCAUGACACGCAUGCAUCGGCACUCCAGCUCGAGCGGCGUCGAGGAGACGCGCGGCCGGCGUCGCAAUGCCAGCGGCGAUGCGAACAAGGAGAACUUUGGGGUCCACUUCAUGAGCAGCCCCUUCGGCAACAGCAGCCUGAUUGCACUGCAGGAUCUGAGCAACGUGCAUGCCAAGAGUCCGCAGCGGCGCAGCUUCAGCGAGGGCAGCGGACCGCGUCAGGCCACGCCGCAGUUGGCAGCGCUGCGCUGCCUGCCACGCCUGGGCGGCGCUGUUGGCGCUGCGGGGGGCGGCCUGGAGGACUCGCAGUUGUCGUCCUCGCGCAUGGGCGACACCACGCUCGAUCGCAUGCUGGACGCCAUUAUAGAGUCGGCGCGCAAGGAGGUGCGCUGCAAGCAUCAAACUGCAUCAGCGUCGACGGCGGCGACGUUGGCAGCGACGCCUGGCGAUGGCGAGUGGAGCGAGAGCAGCGUCCACGAGAUGGAGGUGCGCACGCCCACGCAUCUGAAGCGGCAGCGCGUGGUGCGCCGCAAGAAUCAACAAAAGCAAGCCGCAGUCGCUGCCGCUGCCGCUGCCACUGCCUCGACCGCAGUCGGGAGGCAAAAGAAUCUGGGCCUGAGCAAGCAGCCCAGCCUGGAGCACAUACCUAGCAUCAAGCGUUGCCUGAGCUUCUCCUCUUCGAGCUCCGCAUCCAGCGACUUGGAGGAUGAGGAGCACUUUGCUAAGCGUGGCUCCAUGGCCUCCUGCGUCUCGGGUGCCUCCUCCAACUCCAACUCCAACUCCGCCUCCCAUUCCAAUGCGACGAGCAGCGGCGAGUUUCAUCCACGUGGCAGCAUCGACUUGAGCAUCGCUUACGAUGCCCAUCAACAGCAAUUAAAUGUACAUGUUAUACGCUGUCGCGAUCUGCAGCGAUUGCACGGCGCUGGCAGCAUUAAUGCAUACGUCAAGGUGGCCUUACUCUCCGGCGUUGCAAGCAGCAGCAGCAGCAGCGAAAAUUCGAGCUCCAACUCGAACUCGAACUCGAGUCGAUACCAGCGCACGGCCGUCCAUCGGCACUCGAGUCGUCCGUACUUUGAUGAGCGCUUUAGCUACCAAGCAUCAGCAUCAGCAUCAACAACAGCAGCAGCGCUGCAGCUGGCCGUUUGGCAUCGGGAUCGGCAUUUGAAACGCAGUGAGUUCCUCGGCUGCCUCACAUUUCCACUGAGCGCUUUAGUGCAGCAGAGCCUCGGCGCAACUGGAUCCUACAAGCUACACUCGCAGGGAUGCCUUCAUAGCUGCCGCAGCACGAGCAGCAGUAGCAGCAGCAGACCGCACGUCCCAGUCCACGCAACGCCCACAAGCCGUACCGAGGGGAAGCCAAUCGAGAGGAAGCAGAGGGAGAGGGAGAGGGAGCAGGUGAAGGAGCAGCUUACAGCGACUGAUAACGCUAGACCCGCAGCGGUUGAGAUGUCCACGAUGGCGGCUACAGUGAAACCGAAUGCCACAGCCACAGCCACAGCCACAGCCCCCAGCACAGCCACAGCCACGAGCACAGCCGUGCUGAGCGAUGAUGUCAUCAGCAUCAGCAUCGAUAGCAUGGCUGCCGCCGUCGGUCCGCUGGGCAAUGACAAGGAGGACGCGCUGCAGCAGCCGACGAUGGUGCUCAGCAAGAAGGCGCUGCACCAGCGCGAUGCCGAUGAGAAUCUGUUCUUGCGCUUCCUCGAGCUGGACCCGCCCGCCGAUGGCAAUGCGAACAGCACCACGGCCAACACCGGCAACACGGGCAGCACGUCGGCCGGCACACUCAAUGCGAACGCCAUGUCCAAUGCGAACGCGAAUGCCAACAAUGCGAAUGCCAGCAAUGCGAAUCAUCUCAACGGCGGCAACGGCACACGGCGCUGCUCGACGCUGCCGGGCAACAGCGGCGGUGGCGGCCGUCAGCCGACGGGACGCACGCCGUUCACGAUGACCAAGCGGCUGACGCGGACGGAGGAGCGCGGAUUUGGCUUCUCCAUUGUGUGGACGCAUCCGCCGCGCGUCGAGAAGGUGGAGGCGGGCCUGUCAGCGGAUCGCUGCGGCAUCCUGCCGGGCGACUAUGUCAUCUUUGUGGACAAGCACAAUGUGGUUACGAUGCCCGAGGCUGAUGUUCUGAAUUUGAUACGAUCGCAGGGCUCGUCCUUAACGUUGGAGAUAUUCAGAAGGUCAGGCGCGGGCGCCAACAUGGCCACCAAUGCCACCAAUGCCACCACCAUUAGCACGGCAACACCGACAGCCCUAGCCACGGGCGCAGGCGCAGGCACAGGCACAGGCGCAGCCACGGGAACCAGCGUUGUGGCGCUGCAGCAGCGCACCGCCAGCGUUCGCCCCCAGCUGCUGGGCAACACCCUGUCGAGGCCGGCCACCGCCUGCUCCGGCACUACCUCCUCCAUUGAGGCGGCCAAGCGGCGGCUCCACCUGCCCCAGGUCACGUUCAGCAAGGAGUCCAUUGUGCCCAUAACGGAUAACCGUCGACGCUUUCUGCUGCAGCUCAUCAGUCGGGAGCAGAACUUUACGGCGGCACUCCACUUCGGACUGCAGCGUUUUGUGCAGCCACUGCAGGAGCGGAAGGACCUAAUAUCGCCGAACGAUCAUAGGACCUUGUUUCAGAACAUUGAUGAGCUGCUGCGCAUUGCCGAGGACAUACUGGAGCAGCUCUGCAGCAACGAGCAGGAGCAGGAGCCGCACAUGAACUUUGCCUCGCGGGUCUAUCUGUCGAAGACGACGGCGAUUUGCGCCGCCUACAAGAAGUACUGCAAUGGCAUCAAGCGGGCCGACUGCGUCCUGGUGAACAAGUCCCGUCAGACGGGCUCCGAGUUUGUAGCCUUUAUCACCGAGCCACCUGUGCCGCGCAGGCGGCCCGAUCUCACAAUGUUCAUCCAUCGACCGCUGCAGCACUUCAGGGAGAUUCUGAAGCUGAUGCAGCUGCUGGCCAGCAAUUGCCAUGUGGACACCGAGGAGCACAAGAACUUUACCACUGUGAUCGGUGAGCUGCAGGCCGCCUAUCGCGAGAUAACCGUCAGCAGCGGCCUGAUGGAGCCCCUGGGCGAGGGCCGACCGCUUCUGACCCUGCAGGACCUGGAGUCCCGCAUGGUGUUCACCAAGUGCAAGCCCUUUACGCUGGCCGUGCAGGGCCGUCAGUGGAUCUUCGGCGGAGAUCUGUCCCGCGUCGAGGGGCGCUCGAUAAAGCCCUACUGGACGCUGCUCUUCAGCGACAUCAUUGUGUUCGCCAAGGUCAGUCGAGAUCGCGUCCUGUUCAUCACCGAGGAGCCCAUACCCAUAGCCAACGUCGUCGACUCCUGCUUUCACAUGCGUAAGAAAACCACGGAAUUCCGCCUGACUGUCGAUCCUAACGGCCGUUUGGCCGAAAGCCCCACAGGAUAUUGUGCACCGGAUCUGAGUCGCACGCCCAAGCGGGGCGCCAGGCGGAAGAGCCUUAUCCUGCGUGCACCCUCGCUGGAGCUGAAGGCCGUCUGGCAGAAUCUUUUACAGCGUCAAAUCUUUCUGGUGAAUGCCGCAUUGGGGUCGACGCCUCUGUCCAGCCCGCUGGACUCGCCGGAUGUGCUGAACACGUUGGUGCCGUUAAGUGACAUUGGAAUGACGUCCGCAUCGAUGGGAUCGAUGAAACUGCCCUCGCUGGACAGCAUCAACCUGAAGCAGCAGCAGAAACAGCAGGUGCGUCUCUUUCGCAGCAAGCGCCUGGACAGCGCCGAUUCCUAUGAGAAUCUGCAGCGCUUGGCCAGUGCGCUGGUGCCGACGCCCCAUCCCAGCCACGUAUCGGGGGCAGCACCGAAUCACGCCCAUGCCCGCAUCACGGCCAGCACACAGACGGCCUCGCUGCCCUCCCGCACCAACUCGCCCGCCCGGCUGACGGGGGGCGUGCGUGCGCACACCAACAGCUGCGGCGGCUCCAUGCCCAAUGGCGUGGGCGGUGUUGUUGGCAUUGGCGGCGACAGCUGCUUGCGCCGGUUCAACACCAACAGCUCCUGUCUGAGCAGCAGCGUCAGCCUGACCGCCCACAUGCAGUCGCAGUCGCAGUCGCAAACGCAGUCGCUGCCAAGCGCCAGCGCGAGCAGUAAAUGCCUGACGGCUAUACCCGAAGCGAGCAGCGAACCGGCUGCCUCGUCUGCCGUGUCGGUGGCGACGCAUGCGCAGAAGCUGCUCGAGUUCAGUCUGAGCUCGGUGGGUCGCUCGUUCAUCGACGAGUCGACGCAUGUCGUUCAGCAGGUCUCCUCGCUGACCACGCCCGAUACGCCCACGCCCAACCUGUCGCCCAGCUCGCUGGUGUGCAACUCGGAUGCCUUCUCCAAUGACUUUGUGCCGCCGACAACGGCCGACGUGGCAGCGGUGGCCAAUAUACCGUUGGCCGAGUUCGGCGGCUCUUGGGAUUUGUUGGAGCUGGAUCUGCAGCUGAAUGAGGUGAAUCUGGAUCCGUGCUACGACACGGAUGUGGAGGAGUGCAUCUUUCUGGGCGAUGGUGUGGGUGCCGGCGCCGGCGGCGUCCGAGCUGGUGAUGGUAACAUCGGCCAAACGGAUCUUGACGAUGACAGCGACGAUGAUAGCGUCGUCGCUGUAGACGAUCCAUUUGGCAUGCUGCCCACCAAGCCAACGCCGCCGGAUUCCUUGGAUCUAAAGGGAUGCGAAUAUACGCAUACGUUCCACAUGGGAUCCGCUCGUGAUCCCCCUAUGUUCCUCACUCCAGAUAUGAUCGACCUAGACUCCACAUGGCAGCGCGGCCCCAGCCUUGGCCAUGGCCAUGUCGAGCAGAUCGAGCUGCUGAUUGACGAGAAGUGCCGCAUCCUGAAUAAGACGGGCACCCCGAGGUCGAGUGCCCUGCACCUGGCCAACUGGAUGAAGGGCCAGCUGGACAAGCAGCAGCAGCAGGCGCGACUGGCGGCCAUUGCCCGUUCCCAGGAGAACAUUAGCGCCGAGGACGAGCAGCUGAUCUUCAACAGCGACAGCGAGCAGGACGAGCGCAUCAUCUACUGGACACGCCAGCAGCUGGAGAAGCGCACCAAGGAGCUCAACCUGGCCAAGGAGCUCGGCGGCCUCUCCGCCAAGCCCAACUUCGGGGGCAAGCGCCUGAGCGGCGUCGACGAGCUGAGCAUGAGCCUGAGCGCCGCCUCGGACAUCUACUCGGAGGCGGAGGUGGUGACCAGCCAGAUCAGCCAAUCGCAUAGCACCACAUCUGACAGCCAGGUGAGUGAGAUCACCGUGCGCUCCAGUCCCAUUGUGCUCGACAAGCUGGCGGUGUGCCGUCACUGCCACAAGAACUGCCAGCAGAGCGGUGCCAGCGGCAGCGGGGGGCGUGGCUCGGCUGCAGCCGAGGCGGGUGGGGCAGGUGGCUCGUCGCUGCUGUGCAACUCGCUGAAGGUGCAGCACAGUCAAUCCUCGCCCAACCGCUGCUGCAAGCUGAACGGCACAGCUGCAGCUGCAACCGCUGGAGCAGCUGGGGUAGCCGGACAGGCAGCUGUGGCUGGCAGUGGAACGGGCACCGGCAGCGUGACCAGCAUCUCCAGCAGCACCAUCACCGGGGAGCUCUCCUCGAAGGUAGUCGCUAGCAGCAGUCGGCGCGAGACCGGCGACACGGAGAGCGAUGUGGCCCAACUAAUCACCGACGAACUGUCGCUGUCCCAAUCAGAGGCGACAGACGACAGCGUCAACGCCAUGCCCAACAGCAGCAGCAGCAGCGCCAAGCUACGAGCUCUAGAGACGGCGCAGCCACUGCCGAACGGUCACUGCUCUGCCUCAGUGAACGCCUCUGUCUCCGCCUCCGCCUCCGCGUCCGUCUCUGCCAAUGCCUCCGCCUCCGCCUCAGCAACGGGGUCGCCACAGCCGCCGCCCAGGCGCGCUCGAGUCGUGGCGCAGCUGUGCCAGGAGCCAGUGCGUCAGCAGGUGAAGGCCGUUGUGACCAUUACGGAAACGGCUCGCAUUAUGCGCAACACUGAACGCAGCUCCAGCACCAGCGCCGGCGCCGGCGCCAGCACUUGCCAUUGUCGCUGCACUCCGGAGGACUUUAGCCAGCUGGCGCCGGACAAGAUGGAGCACCAGACGUGCAAGCUGCUAGAGUCACCCAAGCAGAAGACGAGCUCAGUGCAGCUGCAACAACAACAACAUACACAGCAGCAGCAGAAGCAGCAGCAGCAGGAGGAUGAGCAGCUGUCGCUGAUGCUGAUCGGGCUGGCGCAGUUCGCGCCGACUGCCAAGCUGUGCGGCCAGGCAGAGGAGACGACCCCACCCACCAUAGCAGUGGUGCCGCCCACGCCGGACGCGGUGCUCACCAAGACUAGCACGCACGUGUGGGACAACAGCGGCGGUACGGCGGGCAUGGAUCAGGUGACGACCACGGCAAUCAAGCAGCCCCGCCAGGCGAUCAUUGAGAAUAUACCGGAGGACUCGUGCGACGAGUCGCCGCUGGAGGAGGAGCCGCCGUAUCGGCCCAUGAGCAGCGCGCUGCGGCGCUUCGGCACAAUGUCCAGCCUCGAGAAGCUGCCCUCCGACGAGCUGGACGACGACCUGGAGCCCUAUGCGCAGAACGGCCUCAACGAGGAGCUCGAGCACGAGGCCGACAACGAUGGCGACGACGACGACGAUGGCGACGAGGACGACGACGUGGAUGAUGCCACGGCCGACAAGGCGCUUGCCCAGAACCUGCAUGAGCUGACGGCCAACUGCUCCAGCGCAACUCUGACCAAUGGCGAUGUGCUGGCCAGUGGCGCGUGGACGAAUCGCGCCGGGGCCUUCGUCACCGACAAGAUGUCCUUCUUCGAGGAGUCGCGCGCCUUCAUUGACAAGUACCUGGGUCGCUGGAACGCCAACGAGCAGCAGCAGCAGGCCCAGCAGGGAGCCAAUCAGACGGCCUCCGAGACGGACGAGCAGAUGGACGAGUGCACCUCGGGCGCCACCAGUGGUGAGGAGGUCUGGGGCACGCCCACCAGUGGGGGCGACAACGACGAUAUGCAGCUGAUCAACUCGGAGAACACGCACUCGUCACCCACCAAGUCGAGCACCUCGCUGAACGACGACGACGAUACGGAGCUGAUGAUGGAUGAGCUGUUGAUGGCGCCGCCCAUGACAGCGAGCACCAUUCGCGGACUGCUGCCACGUUUUUACAGACGCCGUCUUGAGCCCCUGUUCGAGGAGGAGACCGAAAGCGACGAAGAGAAAACCCAACAGGACAGCGACGAUAUCAAAAAGGGGGAAGCAACGACAAAUGGCCACUACCUAGAGGAUUCGGCUGGAAGUUCAAGCGACGAGGAGCCGGAGGAGCCGGAUCCACACUCGAGCGAGGAGCGCCUGCAGCCGAAUCUGGCCACCACAGCGCUGGGCCCACGGCCGCUGACAACCAGCAGCAGCAGCUCCAGCCGCACCACCACCACCAUCAUGCUGUUACCCACCACGGCCAUUACGACGCCGACCCCCUUGGAGGUUCCAGCACCACCGCUACCGCCAGUGGCCUCAUCCUGCGAGUAUCUACUCGAACAGCGCGCGUCUGCGACUAUGGCGGCAUCAUCCACGACGACGAGCUCAACGAUAACGACAACAGUCGCAAGGACGCCGUCGUCGACGUCGGCGACAGCAACGAUGAUGACGAUGACGACGACGACGACGACGACGACGAGUAUGGGGAUGCGGAUCUCGGGGCCGGCAGCAGCGACGACGGCGAGUCGAGCUCCCUCAUCGACUACUACAACAACCAGCAGCGGGAGCGGCACUAUCAGCUGCGCCACCAGAGCCAACGUCAAGCCACCGAGAUUUAUACCACCACCGCCGCCGCCUCGUCGUCUGCUGCUCACGCAGACAAAUCUAAGCGCUGCACCGGCCAAAACGCAGCCACCUCAAAGAAAAUCUGGCGCUACUGCUGACAGUGGCUGUUCGGCGGCUGCCGCCGGCGCCGCCAGCGCUUCGCCCACAAUCGGUAUCGGGUCAAGGACAACGCCUGCGAGUACCAGAACCUCUGCACCGUCAGUGGGAGCGGCAUCGGGGGCAUCGACGGGACCGUCGGCAGGCCCAAAACGCCCAUCGUCAACGAUAAUCGAGACUUGCCUGCUGGGUACCGCAGUGCCGGCAGACUCAGCCACUUCAUCAGCAACAGCCUCGAGGACAGCAAAGCCGAUGCGGACCAGCACGGCGAGCAGCCCAGCUGCAGCGGUGCCAGCGGCCAAGGAGCCGGCGCCGGCCCCGGUGCCGGCUCUGGCGCCAGCCGUACCGGACGCAGCCGAUACUCGUUCAGUGGCCGCUGCCCCACCGCCGCACGUUGGCUGCGGCUUAAGUCCAAGGCUGGAAAUGCGGUUGGCUCUCAACCACGACAUACUCGGGGACGAGGACUUGAUCUGCUACGAGCCUGGUCCAGAUCUAACAACUAUUCUGGGGCACGACCUCUCCACAUUUCAUCGUCUGACGGGUCGCGAUUUAUUGAGUCGUUCAGCCACGAAUCGGGUGCAGCCAAAAGAGGCUGUCAUAUCGUACUCUCAACAACGCAACUCCAAGAUGGACACGCCGACGGUGAACCGGCGACCACGUCCCGCCGUGGCGACCACGUCCGGCCAGAGGAGUCACAGCAGCAGCAGCCACGGAAGUCCGCGCGCCGCUGGUUCAGCUCGUGCCGGCGUCGCCGGUCCACAACGCCAGCAUCCAAGUCCAAAUACAUGGAGCAGUUCUGCAUCUGUGGGUCGAGCAGAAGGCGCGAGCGGCGUCGGCGUCGACAGCAGCACAAGCUGCAACAGCAGCAGCGGCGCGAACAAAUUAGGCGAUCUGGAAAUCUUAGCGAGACGCGAGAAGAUAUACUGCAUGUCUCAAUCGAAGAGUGGCUAUCGAGUCAAGGCGACAUCCGGGACAACCGCAACGAAAAUGCGAACGACGACGACGACGACGACGAUGGCAACGAGACGCGACUGUUCCUCGACAACGAGCCGAGCAGCAGCAGUAGUCUCUCUGACGAGGACGAUGAGUACUACUUCGAUGGACGCAGUGGCAGCAACAACACAAACACAAACAACAACAACAACAACAAUAGCAACAAGAACAAUGACUGAAGCGUGCCUCGAAACCGAAGUGGGCAAAUCAAACCGUUUAAUCAACUUUAUCAAGCGCCGCAACUCGGAGAUAAUAGCCAGCGGCAGCAGCAGCAACAAUCCCCACAACUCCGACAGCACACUCGGUGGCGACUCCCAGUCGCAGCUGCAGCUGCACGGCAGUCAGCAGCUGCUGAGGCAGGCGCCGGACAAUGCGGACAUGGCACAAAUGUCGCCACGUAAAGAUAACGACAAGCCCUCGCUGAACCGACGCCUGUGGAAGCAAAUCACCAAACGAAGGCGCACCAACUCCGUAUCCCAGAUAGUCGCUGGCUAAGCAAAGAGUCGGCUCACACUAGCACACCCACACCCACACACACACAUAUAUAAACAUUCCUUCUCUUUCACUCCUCUCUCUUUCUCUCUCUCUCUCUCUCUUUCUCUCCAUACACAUAUAUAUAUUUUUCUCUGUCGUUCAUGGUUAGAUAGAGAUACAUGAGCAUCUGCGUUCUGCUGUGUGAUAUUUGCCAGCGAAGUGCUUUCAUUGUGUUGUACGUGUAGAGCAUUUAGUUAAGACUUUAGUUUAGUUAUCCAUAUUGUGCGGGAGCCUAGCCAGUUCCUCGUGAAAAUCGUGCAGCCAGAGGCCGUUCACACAGUCCAGUGGCGUCCAAUCCUGCCGAGCAGUAGCUGCAGCCAGCUAUAGUUUAAGGAGAGUUGAGCUAAUCGCUAUCAACUUUUAACUUUAGUAGAGCUCUUCGUUUUUACGGUGUUUAUUUGCCUUGACUGGCACCAUAAGCCACUAUGUAUUGUAGGAUAUUCCCUUGCUGUCUCUAGAACUGAGCAGUCUCAGGUUUUCUACUGGUAAUCUUAAGUAACCCAGGCAGUUACUGCUGGCAGUUCAAUCUCCAACUCUGUGGACUGUGGAUGGCCUGCAAAUCGAUGAAACUGAAACUGAAUAUUUAGAUAAAUUGAGCAAACUUACAUCAAAAACUGACGACGAUGAUGAUGAUAAUGAUGAUGAUGAUAAUGACAAUGUUAGUUGGAGAAAAACUAUGUAAUAUUUAUGCUAAGUUUUUGAUACUUACAAACUUUGUAGCUAGUAAACCCCAAUGAAACGAUCAAUGACGGUUGCGUCCAAUUGCCUCCAAGUGCAAUGCGACUCCUGCCUCUGCCAAUCAGGCCAAGACCGAAGCCAAAUCUCAAUAUCUCUUAACCUAGAAAUACGAACAGCCAAAGACGAAUGGGACAACGAAUGCAUCGCCUGGAGGCAAGGCUUUACUAAUUGUUAAUGAAUAUACAAAGACAACAGCUUUUAUGGGCGGGUCAAAGGGCACACACAGACACACAUACACACACACACACUCACACUUACACAAUCCAGCCAAAAGUAAGGAUUUAUAGAAAGGAGAAGCAUAUUGAAUAUGCUUCGACUAUUUUUGAGAGAAUGAAGUUGCAAUUGAUAGAAGUCAAAUUAGUUGAGUUUUGCACUGGAUUAGCCAGUGGAAGAGGAGAUUUCGAACUCUGCUUUUUUUUCAUCUCUUAUUUCAUUUAAAUGAAAUUGCCUUAAAUUAUAUAAACUAUUUAACUAUUUAUUGUAUUUGUAGCUUAACAUGUAUACAUCUUAUGGCAUUUUGCAGUUGUCAUUUGUCCAGUAAAGAAAACGUAAAGAAAAAAGAAAAGAAAGUUAUAAAAGGUGCAAGUAAGCGCAUUGCAGUCGGGCAUAACCGACUGCACAAUACACGUUCACAGUGCAAUUUCAGGAAGAAAAAUUAAAUAUUUCUGACUGAGCUAUCAUGGAAAUCAUAGAGCUAGCCAGGUACAGUUAAGUUCCAGCUAAUCGUAGCUCUAGAACUUCCGAUAUACGAGUACAUAUAAGAGAUGGUAUACCCGAGAGGUAUAUUAUAUUAUUCCAAAUUGUAAUUCGUGAACGACUAUUAAGUUAGAGUAAAUCGAACUCGUAUAGUCGCUGUAAAAGCGAAAUUUUAAACUAUUUCCAAAUUUAGUCUCAACUAUUUACAGCAUAUUUACAUGCAUUUUUUUUAGUCAGAUUCACAGUUAGUUUAUGGGUAGGAGCAAUGUGUGCAUAGGUAUGUAUCUACAUAUGUACGUAUGUGCAUUUUGUAGUUUAUUUCACAUUGAAAUUGUUGAACGCAAACAAAUUAUACGAAAUUAAUAAUAAUAGACGAAAAAAAAAAAAAAUAAGGAAUGAGCGAAUGAAAAACCAAAAGACAAAUGAUCAAGUACAUUUAUCAGCUUUAAUAGAAAUUCUAAUUAAAAAAUAAUAAUGAAAAAAACAUU